CGAGUUCUCCGGCGCCAAAAGACGCAGAUGAAACAGGUCUAUAGGGUUCCCUUUGAGCGCAACUCUGCGCGACACAAAGACCUACGUUACGAGUAUGUGCAAAGGAUAUUACAGUUGGACGCGAUGGCCAGACCUCAUGAGUACCUCUUCCUGGAUGAGGCUGGCUUCAACCUGCAGAAACGAAGGCAAAGAGGCCGUAACAUCAUUGGCCAAAGAGCCAUCACUGAGGUCCCUGACCAACGGGGGGGGGGGUGUAAUAUUACCCUUUGUGCGGCCAUGGGUUCGGAGGGGCUUGUCCACCGGCAUGCUGUCCUUGGGUCUUACAACACCCAACGUCUCCUCACCUUCCUAGAGGAGCUAAAAGACAUCCUCCUGGACUGCCAACAACACCAUCCUGGGCCCGCACAUCACAUUUAUGUGAUCAUUUGGGACAAUGUCCGCUUCCACAGAACAAACCAAAUCAGAGAGUGGUUCACCACCAACAGUGACCACUUUUUAAACGUCUGUCUGCCACCCUACUCCCCUUUCCUGAACCCUAUAGAGGAGUUUUUCUCAUCGUGGAGAUGGAAGGUUUAUGACAGACAACCAUACACAGGAGAGAACCUCCUAAGGGCAAUGGAGCUGGCCUGUGUUGACAUCCCAGCGGAGGCCUUCCAAGGAUGGAUUCGCCAUUCCAGGGCGUUUUUCCCGCGGUGCCUGGCGAGAGACAAUAUAGCCUGCGAUGUGGAUGAGGUGAUGUGGUCAUAG